UUAAGAGCUGGGCUGCUAACCAAAAGGUCAACAGUUUGAAUUGACCAGCCACUUCUGGGAAACACUGGGGCUGUUCUACUCUGUCCUAUAAGAUCCCUAUGCGUGGAAAUUGACUUGAUGGUAGCAGGUUUGUUUUUUUAUAUUUUGGUUUUAUGUAUGUAUAGAAAAAACAUAGUACGUACAGGGUUUGGUAUUAUGCAGUUUCGGGCAUCCACUGGGGGUCUUGGAAUAUAUCCCCUGCAGGUAAGGGUGGACUACUGUGUAUUAAAAAUUCGAGGUACGUACAAUGGUUCUUAACAACAUAUGUGCACUACUUUACCACACUUAUCAAAGCAUUAUUAUUAUUACUGUAUUGUUAUGUUAAACAUGUUUUAGUAUAUCUGAAAGUGUUUCUUUAAUGUUUUUUAUGCAUAGAAGGGUGCUCUAUAUAUACUAAGACGAACAUUUGACUAACACUAGAUACAAACUGUACCUAGCUGUUAUAUACAAGAGACGUGAUACAUGUGUGCAGGAAGCUGUUGUGUUGGCUACGACGGGUUACAUAUGCUAUUUCCUGUUCUCUGUUCAGGAUUUCUGAACCCUAAUAUAACCUUAUGGGACCACGGAUGUAUAUGUGGCCAGAUGUUGCCCAAACAGAUGUUAUGCAGCGGCGCAUGACUGUAUAUCAUAUAAUGAACAUUAGGGAUUUUUGAUGACUUUAAAAUAUGUGACCUGGCCCACUGCAGUGGAGACUUUUGGAUUUUGGCUAUAGCUCAAAGUUUGUUGUGACAUCAUCAUAUCAGGGUUGAUUAGCGAUGACAUAGACAGCUUACUUCACCACUUCCCUGAGAAAUGGGGUCUUCUUACUCUAAAGCUGUUCUAUUUUAGCACUCAAAGUGUAGUUCAGCAUCAUUUUCUCAAUGCACUACAGAGGAACCCAAUGGAUUGGUGCUAUUAUAUUUCACAGAGAUCACUCCUACAGACCAGGGUAUUCCAUUGGUCAGCAUUCUGGAGUCAUGGUUGUGUGCCUUUCAGGGGCUGCAAGAGUGAGAGAAUUUUGAGAGCUAUAUGUAAUUCUAUGUUUCCUUGGCUUCACAGGCAAUUUAACAGGUGAAUUAUCUGUACUUCAGCUUACUUACUAAAUUAUUUGUGGUAAAAAGUUUAUAUAACAAAACAUUUGUCAAUUCAGCAAUGCUUACAUGUAUAACUUGGUCACGUUGAUUACAUUUAUCAUGUUACACAGUCAUUACAAAAUAGGAAUUGUAACCUUUUCUCAGCAAACUUCAGGGCAUGCUGUUCUUAUUUCUGCAGAGAUAGUGCUCUUUGUCAUUUUGUGACAUUGGACUGUUUAUGUGAGGCUGUAUGAGUUUCUUGAGGGGAGCGGCCACUAACACUUGGUUUACAGUCACAUCAGGUCUUGAAAUUUAGGAAUUGUGGGGAGAUCUGAGUUUUUAUAUUUCCUGUCUCACCUGAGCUUUUUCUUUAAACAUUUAUUCCCUCUGCCUAUCUCUAUGAAAGGGACAGAUAGAAUGACAGAACGACUGAGUUUUUGACAAAAGGGUGACUGAUGUAAAAAUUCAUAAUUCUCCAAAAAUAUUCUUUUUUCAGCAGGUGGAAUUGUCAUUACCUGAUCCCCUAGAAUUCAAGAAAAUAUGACUAGCUCAGGGCCUUAGCUUGUGAGUUUAUUUGUGCAGGCGCUUGGUCCUCCCAUGGCUGUUAGAGGCAAAAGGAAAUAACUGCCAUUCUGCACUGUUUCCCAGUGGUGAAUACCUGUACUUUGUUUCAUUGAGUAUUUUGGUGGGUCUUAAUUGAAAGAAAUGUAAUUGUUCACAAGAAAGCAGUGAUCUGAAUUAGAGCAUUUCUGUAUUGCUACUAUGUUUUCUAACUGUUGUAGACCAUAAAGAGAGAGAAGACUGUAACUGAUCGCAGUCAAACUGUGGUGAGAUUACCUAUUUCAGUGUGUUGGUAGUCUGUGAGACAGGAUAAAAUCAGUGAGGAAGUAAAUGUAAUUAGUGAAAGGACGAGGCUAAUGCUUAUGCUGUAGGGUAUACCUUGGUAGAACAAAGAAACCUGUGUCAAAUCCUGAUGAAUUCUCAGUUCUUCAGGACUGUCAGCCUCACCUUUUCUUCUUGUACCCAUUGGAGUACAUGGGACCUUGCUGAUCUAGAAUUUGUGGGAUGUUUUAGGACUCAGUGGUCAUGGAGGAUGUGGCUGUGGUCUUUAGCCAGGAGGAGUGGGCUUUGCUUGAUCUUGCUCAGAGGAAACUCUACAGAGAUGUGAUGAUGGAAACCUUUAGAAACCUGGCCUCCAUAGUUUCUCGAAAUCUUAAUGAUGAACAGAAGUUAUCCAGUGAACAAAUAAUGGCGCGAUUCAUGAAGAAUAACACCUGGUCCUCAAUGUUAGGAGAAAUCUCCAAAUCACCUCGCUAUAAAGAUCAGCAUAAAAACCAGGAGAGACAUUUGAGCAUGCUGCCUAUUUUUAACAGAAGUCAUACAGUAGAAAACCUCUGUGAAAGUAAUGAAGACAAUCAGUGUGGGAAGUCCUUCAGCCAUAUUCGAAAUCUUAGUGCGGUGGAAAGAAAUGCUCCAGAAGUAAAUGCUUCUGAAUGCUGUGAGUGUGGAAAUGCCUUCAUGAAUCACUCAUUACAUAACCAUCAUACCAGAUCUCACGCUGGAUGCAAUACCUGUCAGUGUAAAGAAUAUGGAAAAGCCUGCAGUUGUGCUUCUCACCUAACCAAUCCUAUGAGACCUUUUAAUGGAAAGAAACGCCAUAAAUGUAAGGUAUAUAAGAAGGACUUCAUUUGUGUCUUAACCCUUAAGAGUCCUGUGACAACACUCACUGGUGAGAAACUAUAUGAAUGUAACAAAUGUGGGAAAUAUUUCUGUAGUUUCUUACCCUUUCGGACACAUAUAAGAGGUAAUGAGCGUAUAUGUAAAGAAUGUUGUAAAGCCUGUAGCCGUCCAUCAUCCCUCAUUCUACAUAAAAAAUUUCAUAACAGACAUAGGCCUUAUGAAUGUAAGGACUAUGAGAAAGGCUUUAGUCAGUCAUCACCCCUCACUACACAUAUAAGAACAAACAAUGGGCAGAGGCCUUAUGAAUGUAAGGAAUGUGGGAAAGCAUUUAAUCGGUCCUCGUCCCUCACUCAACAUAUAAGAACUCACAAUGGAGUGAGGCCUUACAUAUGUAAAGAAUGUGGGAAAGCCUUUAGGUGUUCCUCAUACCUCACUCGACAUGUAAGAAUUCACAGUGGAGAGAAGCCUUAUGAGUGUAAGCAAUGUGGGAAAGCAUUUUGUUAUUCCUCAGUCCUCGUUAGGCAUAAAAGAACUCACAGUGGAGAAAAGCCUUAUGAGUGUAAGCAAUGUGGGAAAGCUUUCAGGUGUUCUUCACACCUUGCUUCACAUAUAAAAACUCACAGUGGAGAGAGGCCUUAUGAAUGUAAGCAAUGUGGGAAAGCCUUUAGUCAGGCCUCAGGCCUCACUACACAUAGAAGAACUCACAGUGGAGAGAGGCCAUUUGAAUGUAAGGAAUGUGGGAAAGCCUUUAGUCAGGCAUCAGGCCUCACUACACAUAGAAGAACUCACAGUGGAGAGAGGCCUUUUGAGUGUAAGGAAUGUGGGAAAACCUUCAGUCGUUCCUAUAACCUUUCUUUACACAUAAGAAUUCACAGUGGAGAGAGACCUUUUGAAUGUAAGGAAUGUGGGAAAGCCCUCAGUUGUUCCUCAGCACUCACUACACAUAGAAGAACCCACAGUGGAGAGAGGCCUUAUGAAUGUAAGGAAUGUGGGAAAGCCUUCAGUUGUUCCUCAGCCCUCACUACACAUAGAAGAACUCACAGUGGAGAGAGGCCUUAUGAAUGUAAGCAAUGUGGGAAAGCCUUCGUUUGUUCCUCAGCCCUUGCUACACAUAGAAGAACUCACAGUGGAGAGAGGCCUUAUGAAUGUAAGGAAUGUGGGAAAGGCUUUAAUCAGACCUCACACCUCGUUAUACAUAUAAGAACUCACAAAGGAGAAAAACCUUAUGAAUGUAAAGAAUGUGGGAAAGCCUUUAGGUGUUGCUCACAGCUCACUCGACAUAUACGAACUCACAGUGGAGAGAAGCCUUAUGAAUGUAAGCAAUGUGGGAAAGCCUUUUAUUAUUCCUCAGUCCUCACUAGGCAUAAAAGAACUCACAGUGGAGAGAGCCCUUACGAAUGUAAGGAAUGUGGGAAAGUCUUCAGUUGUUCCUCAGCCCUGACUACACAUAGAAGAACUCACAGUAGAGAGAGGCCUUAUUAAUGUAAGGAAUGUGGGAAAGUUUUCAGCAGUUCUUUAUUCUUAACUAGUCUUAUAAGAAUUCCCAGUGGACAGAUGCCUUAUGAAUGUAAAGAAUGUGGGAAAGUCUUUAGGGAAGCCUCAAAUCUUACUAGACGUAUAACUCACAGUAGACAGAGACCUUAUGAAUGUCAGGAAUGUGGAAAAACCUUUAGGUGUUUCUCACACCUUACUACAUAUAGAAGAACUCACAGUGGAGGCUUUAUGAAUGUAAGGAAUGUGGUAAAGCCUUUAGACAUUCUUCACAGUUCACUUGACAUACAAGGGCUCACGAUGGAGAGACUAUGUCAAAAGUGGGAUGUUUCAUCCUAACCGCUAUAAAUUCAAACAGAAAAUUUCUUAAAGAACAAAGUUUCUCAGUGAGUACAAAAGCAGUAUUAACUCAAAGAAGGGGUUGUUAGAGCUACUUUGUGCCUUUUGGAGAAAUGAUACUUUCAUUGUAACUGCAGGACUGUCCUCAUCAGUGCUUUUUACUUUUUCAGGCCAAGCUAAAUUUUACCUUUCUUAAAUUAUUUGGUUAUUAAUCAUAGGACUACAACACAGUGAACCCUGAUGUAAUUUGUGGACUUUAGUUAAUGAUAAUGUAUCAAUAUUGACUUGUCAAUUGUAACAAUACCACACACCACAAGAAUGCAAGAUGUUAACCAUAGGUGAAACA